UGCAGACAGUUAAAGAGAGUAGACUGACGAGAGUGCAUGGAGAAUAAGUAAAAAGAAUGAAGGUAGUAGAGAAUACGAAUAUAAUUCUAGGUAUGUAGCAGCUGCGCAGGGUGAUGUCACUGAUCAUGUUUGCUGACUUGAUCAUCCUUAAAUGUUUGUACUCGUCAACGAAACAACAUAGAUACAAAACCUCGUACUAAGAAACCAAAAAACAUGGGCAACUGCGCUUGCGGACAGCCACUCGACGAUGAGAAUUGCUACCACGGUGAUGAACGAAGGCGGAACGGUAACUCAGCACCGUAUUCAUCUACACAACGUGAUCGAGAUAGUAGGAAUAGAGGAGCCAACACAUCAGCAUCACAACGCGGUCAACGACAUGGAGGACAGAACAAGGACCAUCCUGGAUGCGCUUCGUCUUUCACAGCUGCCAGGCAGAAUAACAGAGAGUGUGACCAACAUGGCUCCAUGUCUGCUUCAGGUUCAGACAAAGAAGUGGAGAUCAAUCUGGUGAAGAAUCAGAAAAUGAUGUGGAAUUUUGCAGCGGAUGGGGACUCGCACAGAGCAGGGAAGAAGAGGAAAAAUAGAGAUGGGACACCAUCGACGUCGCCGGGUUCUAUUAUGAGCCAGUUUAUUCACUCUGUUAUUUAGUUUCUGAAACGUUCUGGGUUGAAAGUAAGAUAGCAGCUUGCAUGUCAUAGUUUCAACGGUCUGGCUGUUUUUUGAAAACUUUCGAAGUGAAAGUGUCACUCUGUAGAAGAUUGUACUGUCUUUAGAUUGCGUGCUCUUCUAACCUCAGAGGACAGGAACGAUACGGCGACAAUGACUACCUGAACAACAGCACUACAACGUUGAACGCCGAUACGUCAGAGAGAAGUGAUUUCUCUGAGUCGGAUCUGUCGAUCCUGUCCGGAGAUGGCUGUUUUCCUAUACCAGCGGAGAUGAUCAGACAAAGAUUCCAGAAGGAGGAUCCGACGAAGAAGAAAGAUAAGAAGAAGAAUUCAUCUAAAAAUUUUCCUGCUGGACGGAGUGACACGGUGUCGAGGAGAAAGAAGGAAGUAGAUGGGGAUAACGCUAAAAACUACAGAGGUAAUCAUGGUCCAGGUAGUCGCAAUGCAGGCUCAAAUGGGGCGACUAACAAAAGUAGACUAGAGGAGAAAACGAGCACCACCACCACACCUCCACCUAGAGCAGCAACAACUUCAUCACGAAUAAAAAUAACGAGCACCACCACCACUCCUCCCCCGAGAGCAGCAGCAACUUCAUCUACUUCUACUAGAAAACCACCUUCUGCUAGAAAAGACAACUACGUCUGCAUGGAUGAAACACAAACCGAACAAGACAGCUAUUCUUAUUCAACAUCCGAGGAUGACGAAUCGACCUUAAUUAAGGCUUCCCCUAAUCCAUCCCUACUUCUAUAGGGAUGAUCCCUCAAACAUAUGCGCUCCCUUGUUGUAUUACAACGAGGGAGAUAUUACUGACCACGCAUAUGCAUGAGGGAUUUCCACAGGGAUGAAUAGGGGAGAGCUCUAACCUAACUUCUGUAACAUCAGAAGGGGGCUGGAUGAUGGACGCUAACGAGAAAAUAUUGAUGGGGAGGAAAUCGUUAGCCAUAGACUAUGCUAAGAGGACCGCAAGGUGAUCGGGAUGAUAGGGAUUUAGAGAUAGGUAAAGAGAGUACUUGCUCAUCUGGUAAAGAGAGGACAAGAACUUGCUGUUGCACAUAUUUAUAUAAUACACUUUCUUAAAUAUAUUUUCUAUUGGUAUGAAUAUAAUCAUUCAAAAAUUUUCUACAAGUACAACCCAUAUUCGUCACUUGAAAAAUGUAAAGGACUAGCGACUUCAACUUUUUCCUUGUUCCUUUAUUUCUUGUUCUCUUUUUGUAAGGACGUUAGCCUUACGAGUUUCAGGUUUCUAAUCACAGCAUUGAAUUAGACCAGAUAGUUCUUCAUCACGUUGUUGUAUUAUUCGCUUGAAAAAGAGAAAUGACACAAGGUGAGACACAGAGCAUGAAAAGAACGUAGGUAACCUCCAAUUUAUAUAUAGAUAUUCAAGCACGACCGCUCAUAUACUUAUACUUGAAGGUUUUUUCAUCUGAUGUCGCCGGCCCACAUGUUAAAGCACUCUCGGAU